AUGAUUUGCAAGGGAGAUGGUUUCUGCUUAGACUUGCCCUGGCUUAGACUGUGCGGUGGUUUCAGCAAUCUGUUUGAGGCAGGAACCAGUGUGAACGCACCUGCAGAUGCCUUUGGUCAGUCUCCAGCUCACUUGGCUGCCUGUGGUGGUGAAGCUUUUUUCCUACUUUGGCAACUGCAGACAGGAGCAAAUUUGAACCAACAGGAUUGCCUUGGAGAAGCCCCGAUUCAUAAAGCAGCAAAAGUUGGGAGUUUGGAAUGUCUUGCUCUCCUUGUUGCUGGUGAUGCCAAAAUUGACUUGUGCAACAACAGCGGACAAACAGCAGCAGACCUUGCACUGGCUUACGGCUUUCUGGAAUGUGCCAAGUUCCUCACAACGAUUCAGCACAUGCAGACAAUGAAACUGAGAGGCCAGUCUGGCCCCUCACUAAGUGACAAAUGUGACUUGCUGAGAGAAGAUCCAGCUGCGCGAGAACAAGAAAGUCAAACCAGCAGAUCUAUAAGCAGGAAGAGGAGAAGACCAGAUGGUGUGUAA